CGCUGAGGUCUAAUUUUCCCCCCUCUCCUCUCAAAGGAAGGAUUUGGGAUUCUGCCAGAAAGAAAGGAACUACACACAGUCAGCUGAGGAGUCCAUGAAAUUCUGUCAGAUGUGCUGGGAUUUUGUUUUUCUGAAGCUCAUUGUAAAACUUUCCCAUCACUCCCCAUCCCUGCUGACUGCGACCAGAGAGAUCCAGUUAUCCGCCCUGAGUUUGGGAGGAUGCUGAUAAAAAUGAAAACACCACAAUAAAAUGUAUAUUCAAGUUUGACCUCCAGAGGAUGCAGCCACAGGAGACACCCGGCGUUCAGUAUAGUCGAUGGAAUGAUAGAAACCAAGAAGAAAUUAGCGUGAACAUGUCUACCACAGAAACACCAACAUGGCGGAGAGUCUACAACGUACUGUGUACCGGGAAGAUUGGCAUCGCUAUGAAAGUGGUGGGAGGACUUGCCUUGUUUUGGAUUAUAUUCAUCAUUGGCUAUGUCACCGGUUACUACGUUCACAAAUGCAAAAAAAUAUAAACAAUCAGGAAGACACAGGAUCUUUGCUCCAUAUGCCGGGAAUGGCGCCCCCCAGUGUAAAGAUGUGAGGUGACACCUUACCCUGCACCAAGAAUUUAUGAGAUGUAAAGUUGUUAGGGUAUUCAUAGCUCAGCUGAGGUAUUAUCUUAUGCAAGCCACAGACAUGUUUUAUGUAAAUAUAUUUGGACUAUUUUACUUAAUAAAGUCACUUGACUAGGACUCCUAUUAUCCAUACUGAAGCACUAUUGUUGACAUGAUUGUAAAUGUGAUACCCUCCCAUUAUGUGUUUAUGGUAGCACUUUAUGCAUAAGUUAGACGUUAGUUGUCAAGCAGCAAUAUUUCAUGCUAAGCCUAAAGCUGUAUUGUCACCUGCUUUUAGCAAUAUGUUCCUCUCCCUUCCCAAUACCAUGGGGUCUGCUCCAUCGCUCUCUAGUUUGUCUCACCAACACUGAAUAAAACAAGACCAUUUGAUGUUGCAGCGGGAUUGGUGGCGGGUCAGAGUUUGGAUUGGUGUGUAGGGGGAGCAAUGGGGGUUGCGGAGGAGGACCACUUGGAAGCCACAAUUGCAUACAAACAGAAACAUAGAAUUUGACGGCAGAUAAGAAACACUUGGCCCAUCUAAUCUGCCCCUUUUUUUUACCAUAUUGUUUAUCUCACACCUUAUUAGAUCCUUAUAUCUUUGUAAGGAUAUCCUUAUGUCUAUCACAUGUAUGUUUAAAUUGCUCUACUGUCUUGACAUCUACCACCGAUAGCAGGCUUGUCCACUACACUUUCUGUGAAGUAAUUUUUCCUCAUAUUUCCCCUGAACCUUCCUCCCUCCCUACAGUUUUAGUGCAUGAUCUUGUGUCCUUUUGCUUCUCUACUUUUGAAGAAUUUUUCCCUCCUGGACUUUGUUAAAACCCUUGAUUUAUUUGAAUGUCUCUAUCAUGUCCCCCCUUUCCCUUUUCUGCUCCAAACUAUACAUAUUGAGAUUUGUUAGUCUUUCUGGGUAUGUUUUGUGAUGUAGGCCAUGCACCAUUUUAGUUGCCCUUUUUUGUUCUCUAAUGUAUUAAUAUCCUUUUGAAGAUAUGGCCUCCAGCAGAGCUUAAAGUGGUUCUGGAAAGGUGGUGGAACUCAUUUUUUGCCCACUACCUACCCCUGGCCCCCACCCCCCUUUAGGCGGAGCUAGGGCCAAUGCUAGGGUUUUCGGCAUUCCCUGCAAAUUUGUGCCCCACCCCCCAUUCUUUAUAAAGGGAUUGUGGUCUCACAAGGAAGGGACGUGGUCACGCAAUAGUACCCCAAAUGCAAAUUACGCCACACAGUAGCACAAUGUUAUUCCAAUUACACUGCAUGUAGUGCCACUUAUUCACAUUACAACACACAGUAAUGACCCUUAUUCAAGUUAGGUCACUCAGUAGUGCCCUUUAUUCACAUUACGCUGCAUAGUGGUACCGAUUAUACAUGCUAUUCCACACAGUAGUGCCCCUUAUACAUCAUUCCCACAGUAGUAGUGCCCCUAACACAUAAUGCCGCUUAUGCACAUAAAGCCCACAGUAGAGCCCCUUCCACAUAAUGCCAAUAGAAGUGCCACGUGUACUCAUAAUGCUCACAGUAGUGCCCCUUAUACUCAUCUCAGCCUCUGUCACUCCAGCAGCUCACCGCCUGUGUCCCUCCAGCAGCUCCAUGCCUUACAUCCCUCCGGCAGCUUCCCCUGCCUCUCUGUGCCCCUCCAGCCCCCUUACCUUGUCUUCAGCAUGCAAAGAGCCUGCUCCUCUUCAUGGCUCUUCACUUCAGUGGCAGUGAUGGCAUGACAUGGCAUAUGCAGUGCUAGGAAAAGAAGCUGCUGGGACCUGAGGAGGGAAUGAACGACAUCUGACAGACACAGCAUGCAUGAGAAUCAGGAGGGAUGAGCCACUGGUGGAGGAGGACCAUGAAGCUGCCAGUACCAGAGUAUCAUCUAUUGACGUGGGUGUCAGGGUGGAAAUUUUCUAUUGGAAUUACUGUGCAAGGCUGUGGAGGUGGUGGAACUAGUUGCCCCUGCAAUUACAGUUCCACCUCGUUCCCUCUCACUUUAACCCCUGGCCUCCAGAAUUGAACACAGUAUUCAAGAUGAGACCGUAUCAAUGACCUAUACAGUGGCAUUAUUACUUCACUCUUUCUGCUGCUGAUUCCUCUCCCAAUGCAGCCAAGCAUCUGACUAGCCUUCCUUAUUGCUUUGUUACAUUGCUUACCUGCCUUCAAGUCACUUGAAAUAAUGACCCCUAGAUCCCUUUCCUCCUCAGUAGUUUCUGUAUACUGUAUUUAGCCUUUGGAUUUUUGAGACCCAAGUGCAAGAUUUUGCAUUUUUUGGCAUUAAACUGUAAUUGCCACACUCUUGACUAUUCCUCUAGUCUACCUAGAUGCUCAAUCAUUUGUUUUACCCCCACCUGGUGUGUCUACCCUGUUGCAUACCUUUGUGUCAUCUGCAAAAAGGCAUACUUUCCCUUUAAUGCCAAUUGCAAUGUCACCAAUAAAGAUAUUAAAAAGCACUGGUCCAAGUACAGAUCCCUGGCGUACUCCACUGGUAACAUUUCCCUCCUGUGAAUGCACUCCAUUUACUACAACUCUCUGUUUUCUAUCCUGCAACCAAGAUCUUAUCCAAUCAACAAUCUUAGUAUCCAAUCCCAAACUUUCGAGGUUAUUUAGCAGUCUGAUGUGGAACAGUGUCAAAAGCCUUACUAAAAUCUAUAUAAGCUAUAUCCACGGCUCCACCUUUUUCCAUCACUUUAGUCACAAAGUCAAAAAAUGUCAAUAAGGUUUGUUUGACAUGAUCUCCCCCCAGUGAAUCCAUACUGUUUGGGAUCCUGUAAAUUGCUGGAUGUGAGAUAAUCUACAACUCUCUUUUAAGAGUGUUUCCAUCAAUUCCUACUACUGAUGUAAGACUCACUGGUCUGUAGUAGUUUGCCUUUUUCUUGCUCCCACUUUUGUGCAGUGGGACUAUGUUUGUUCUUUUCCAGUCCUCUGGAAUUACUCCUGUAGCUAAUGACUGGUUGAACAAUUCUGUUAAUGGUGCUACCAGCACCUCUUUAAGCUCUUUUAGUAUCCUUGGAUGUAUCCCAUCUGGCCCCAUAGAUUUGUCCACUUUCAGCUUUGAGAGUUCUGUUAAGACCUUCACCUCUGUAAAUGUACUUGUUUAAUUUUCCUGAAUAUCCCUGCAACUUUACUAUGGCCCCUUCCCCUCUCUUUCAGUAGUGAAUACUGAGCAAAAAUAAUUAUUAAGAUGAUCUAUCACAUUGUCUCCCUCAACAAGACUCCCAGUCUGUCUUUAGUUUUAUUAGUCCGCCUUUUGGUUUUCUCCUUUCGCUUAUAUACCUUAUAUAAAGUUUUGCCUCCUUUACCCACUGACUGGGCCAUUUUCUCCUCAGCUUGUGCCUUUGCACUUCUGAUUACCUUCUUAGUCUCCUUCUGUCAAACAAGAUAUAUAAGAGUAACCAUGGAUAAUUUAAGUACAUGGGGGGGGUCAUUCCGAGUUGUUCGCUCGUUAUUUUUUUCUCGCAACGGAGCGAUUAGUCGCUAAUGCGCAUGCGUAAUGUCCGCAGUGCGACUGCGCCAAGUAAAUUUGCUAUGCAGUUAGGUAUUUUACUCACGGCAUUACAAGGAUUUUUCUUCGUUCUGGUGAUCGUAAUGUGAUUGACAGGAAGUGGGUGUUUCUGGGCGGAAACUGGCCGCUUUAUGGGUGUGUGUGAAAAAACGCUACCGUUUCUGGGAAAAACGCGGGAGUGUCUGAAGAAACGGGGGAGUGUCUGGGCGAACGCUGGGUGUGUUUGUGACGUCAAACCAGGAACGACAAGCACUGAACUGAUCGCACUGGAAGAGUAAGUCUGCAAACUGCAAAUAAAUUUCUGUUUGCAAUUUUGAUAAGCUAAGAUUCACUCCCAGUAGGCGGCGGCUUAGCGUGUGCAAUGCUGCUAAAAGCAACUAGCGAGCGAACAACUCGGAAUGAGGGCCCUGGUUUGGAACUUGACAUUAGAGGAGGGGAGGCACUCACCGGAGACUUCCACUGUGCCCCUGUGGGCCAAUACAAACAUGGUUAUAUACCCCAAAAAAAAUUUGGUUAAGCACUUAAUGAUAUCUUAUAAGAUAAUAAAUUAUUGGAGGAAUGUGUUACAAAACAGGGAGCACGUCAAUGUGAUGCCGAAAUACAAAAGUAAUACAGUAGAUUAUACUUUUCCUAUAUGUCUGGGUUCAGGCCCAUCAACGCUAGUGUACAAGCUCCGCAUGCGCACCCCUUCAUGCAUUCUAGAGAUAACUCAUUUUUGUGGGAAUUAUGUGAAAACAGACGUUUUCUGAGGAUUUCCUGUUCAAAUAUUUAAGAAGUUUGUUCCUAAGACUUCCUGUACAGAGAUGUAAGGGUCCCAGCACUGACCAAAUUUUCCAUGCCUUCCUUGCACUACAAAGAUUCCCUUUAAGUUACCAAAUCCAUUAUAGUGAUAAAACGCAUAUAGCAGAAUAUGUUUUUGCCUAACAGCCAGGAACAAGGUCCAAAGCCGGCAUUCUGACUGGUGUCCGGAUUCUGGCAUCAGUAUUCCGACAGCAGUUAUCUUAACCGCAUCCCCAGGAAAAUAACAGGUAGUUUAAAUACACAUAAUUAAAAAUGAACAGUAGGCAGUACGGAUGGUGUAAUGGUUAGCAUUACUGCCUCACAGCACUGAGGUCAUGGGUUCCAUUCACACCAUGGCCCCAACUGUGUGGAGUUUGUAUAUUCUCCCCGUACUUGUGUGGAUUUCCUCCGGGUACUCCGGUUUCCUCCCACAAUCCAAAAAUAUACUGGUAGGUUAAUUGGCUCCCAACAACAUUAACCCUAGUGUCAGUGUGUGUGCAUGUAAAUGUGGUAGGGAAUAUAGAUUGUAAGCUCCACUUGGGCAGGGACUGAUGUGAAUGGCCAAAUAUUCUCUGCAAAGCGCUGCGGAAUAUGUGUGCGCUAUAUAACUUGUAAUAAUAAUAAAAUGACAAUUACUUUG